AUUUUCAGGUACUUUUACUUUCUAUUCUAUUAAAUGGUGAAUUGUUCGUUGAUAAGGCGGUUCACCCUUACAUUGAAACGAUCAAGUGGCAAAAGUGGUUGGGGACCAUAUCGUAAUAUACGAAAAGGUGAACACUUUGUUGGUACUGAACCACAUCCGUUGAAAUAUCAUGUGCUGCAUGAUAAAAAACCAUUGCAUAAAUAUGGAUUACAAGGGACGCAUCAUCUGCUGCCCGGUACUGGGAAAGUUAGUUCAACAUUGCCGACUAGAGCAGUUCUAAAAAAAGAUAAAAUUUAUGCUUGGUGCUCAUGCGGUUAUAGUGGAACUCAGCCGUUAUGUGAUGGGAGUCACCUUCAUUACUACAUUCCAACAAAACUAAGACCUGUACGAUUCAUUCCUGAUAAAGAAAUGGAAGUGUGGUUCUGUAACUGUAAACAAACGAAAACACGUCCAUUUUGUGAUGGUUCACAUCGUGAAGUUAGUGCAAAACUCAAAAAAGCUUCUGAAGAAAACGAAAGUAAAUGACGAUGCUAACAUCUGGUAGUUUAUUUAAUUGUUAGUGGAAAAACUAUAGGCAAGCAAUGAUUGAUGAUCCAAAAAGGUUUUUGUUUAAUUUUUUUCAUGUGUUUUGAUAUGAAGUCGG